AUCGUAGUAGCAACGGUUUUGUAGUUGAACAGAUAAGUGAACGAGGAGCGUCAAUUCAAAUAUAAAUUUAUUUUCGCGCGUAGAUGAGUAAGCCGCAAUCGUCAAUUAAACAAAAAAAAAACGUCAGCUUCAAAAGCAACAGUAAAUUAUUAAAAAUCGAAAUGCAAUAUAAAUGACAAGUGAAAUAUGUGCGUUAACAGUAAAUUUUAGUUGAAACUAUCUAAAGCUGCUAAUCUGUGAAACAAAAGCAUCUUGUUUGCAAUAAAUUAAAAAGUGCAUUCCCUGAGUGAUACUACUUCCGUUUGCCGUUUGGCCAUAUAGCCGUAAAGCUGAAGAUAAAAACUACGCCCAGUAACCCCGCCGCCAUUGUUGCUUCAAUUAACACCGCCCCCCUUCAAGAGUACUCGUUUAGAUCAUAUAACGGCACACACGACCAUCACCUUUCACCGUCUUCGACGCAGCCGCAGCCACAGUCGCUGCUUGAACAAAAUAACACCAACGUGGCUGCCGUUGGUUGUCUUCGGUCCGUUUCUUCCGCCACCGUUUAUCCGCAGGCCGCCAAAAUUGCUCCUUAUCAAAGACGAAUGCAUUUGCCGAGCACAGCCGCUGCGGUGUACAGCGGUUCAACAUCUGGUGGACUCGGCGGUCUCGGUGGCGGCGUGGGCGGCGGAGGUGGUGGUGGUAUUGGCAUUGGUGUUGGUAUCGGCGAUGCCGUCGGCCACAACGUUGGCAAUUUGAUUGGUACUGGUAUCGCAAUGGUCACAUCGUCUACCUCGCCAAUGGCUUGGUGUGAAGCCGCCUCAGUGCCACAACCGGUUCCACCCAGCAAUACCAGUGUUGGGAGCAGUUCACCCAUUGGUGGUGCCAGCAAUGGUACGGCGCAUAGCAGUAAUAGUAAUACAAAUAGUAGCAGCAACAAUAAUCAUGCCAACAAUAACAAUAAUAACCACAGUAGUAGUAACAACAAUGUUGGCUAUCAGGAUCUGUGGUGGACGGAGCGAAUGGUGGAGAUGGCACACGAGAAAUUCCCCAACGAAUUAGUUCGUACCAGCAAUCCAUAUUUCUUGUGCUCCAGACUGCCAGCGCAUUGGCGCUCCAACAAAACGCUGCCCAACUCUUUCAAAGUGGUGGCACUCGUGGAAGUCGGCGACGGCACUCUGGUAACGAUACGUGCCGGCAACGAUGAGAAUUGCUGUGCCGAACUGAGAAACUGCACGGCGGUGAUGAAGGAUCAUGUGGCCAAGUUUAAUGAUCUACGCUUUGUGGGACGCAGCGGCCGAGGCAAAAGCUUUACGCUUACCAUCACCGUUAAUACCAGUCCAAUACAGGUGGCCACCUAUGCCAAAGCUAUUAAAGUCACCGUUGAUGGGCCGCGUGAACCGCGCUCCAAGACAAGUCCACCUGGCAGUCAUCCGAUUCGCGCAUUAACCCUUGGCCAAACAUUUUUUGAGUCCUCAUCUUACCCCACUCAUUUGCGAGAUUUUGCCGACGUGCGCCGCUCCAUACGCCAGCCACCAACGGUGUCUUCUACUGGUACCGCCUUGCCGCAAUUAGCCAAUCACUCAUCGCCCAAUAGUAGUCGUACAAUUAAUGCAGAUGUAUAUAAACCAAACGCGCCAGAGAUAUCAGAGACCAACCAACUGAUGGGAGCCACAGAUUGGACUACUGGCUAUGCAUCGACCAGUCCAGGUGCCUACAACAGCUACCGUUCACAUCCUAACCCCUACCAGUACCCCCAUCCCACACAGACUGCUCCUGCCACCACUAAUCUACCCCACUAUGGCUAUGACACCAGUGUGCCGCCUACAUUGGCUGUCGAUCAUCCCAACCUUCAUGUUCCCAGUAUGCUAACGGAUAUGUCAGCGUUAUGCUCGACCAGCGAUUAUUCACACAGCAGCAUGGCAGCCUCUGCUGGCACAUUUGUACCCCACGCACAAGCGCCCAUCUGCAGUCCCACCCAUUAUGGCGGUUGUAAAUCGGAGAUGGAUUCUCUAAAUACCAGCUACCCUACGUACAAUAGUUUUGCCAACGGCUACAACAACUACAAUUAUAGUAGCUGCGCAGCACAAAGUACCGGAUAUCCGGGGCAGGUGGUACUGUAUCCGCAACUCUAUUCGACAGUUAAUCAAAAUCAAAUUCAUGUGCAUAUCCAUGACAACUCGCCCACGAUCAGCUCGCUAACGGGCUGCCGAAGCAUUGAGAUUGGCAUUGGCACCUCCGACCAUGAAGCGCUAGGCGCACAAGGAUCGUCGCAGGCAUUACAUGAUGGUCAAAUGGGCAGUGGAAAUAAUAGUAGUGGCGUGGUUGGAGGUAGUGCCACGGGAGCUGAUGUUGGCAGUGGAGCUGUGGCCACAGGUGGAGAACAUACACUGCAACACCAACAUCAGCACCAGCAGCAACAGCAACAGCAGCAGCCUCAACAUGACACACAGUCGCAAGUGCAGCAACAAGCACAACAGCAAUCGCACUUGGAAGUGCCGCAAAGCGAAGCGGACGUGGCUAGUGAACAACAUAGUGGUGCACGCGUCGAAGAUGUGGGUGAUAUGGGAAAUGUAUGGCGUCCAUACUGACCAGGUGCAAGCAAUUUUGGCAAAGCCGAGCAGGAGGCGGGUGGUAUGGCGACCGCAAAAGCUUACUUAUUUGCACAUUGAACUGAAUUGAAAACUGAUAGUAGAAGCAAAGAGACGAAAAAUUAUUACGUACAUUAUAUAAUAUUAUAUGUAGAAUAUUUUAUAUUUUUAAACAUCUGUUAGUGAAUGGAAAAA